GCCCAAUUUGUUUGCCACGUCAGAUCGCCAUGUCGACGGGAAAUCCUUAUGGCCUCUCCGAGAUUUCACACUAUGGCUCCAUGCGCAAUGUGGGCGGCAAAGCAGGGGGCUUCAUCAACAAGAAGUUCUUCCAUCCAUCGUCCCUGCGCAACCAGGAGAAGCUGUGGAAGGCCAUCACUUCCGAUGCCGCAGAGAAGCGGAAGCAAGAUGAUUUGGAGAAGGCAAGAGAAGAAGAGAGGAAAGUGGACGCCUUACGAAAGGAGAUGUACUUAGCUGGUCAGUCAAAGAGUGCAAUGUUCACCGCAGCGAGCUCAUCAGAAGGGAAGGAACGCGGCACCUUGGAACAGAUCAAGGCGAACCGCGAGCUGAAACGCCGCAAGGAGCUCUUGAAGGAGGCGAAAGAAGCCAAAGACGAGGCGAAAGAGGCGAAAGACGAGGAGAUAGAAAUCUUAGAGGAGUACCUAGCCAGCCCUGACCCCAACGUCAAGCUGGAGGAGGAUGCAGGUGAAGGGACCGCAGGGAGCGCAGCCAGCCGCACAUUGGUGAAAUCCAAGUAUCCCGAGGACAUCACCGUGCGCGGGCACUCGCAGAUUUGGGGCUCCUGGUUCACCACGGACGAGCAGCGCUGGGGUUUCGGCUGUUGCCACAUCACGGACCUCCUUGCACGAUGUCCUCACGGGCCGGAGGAGGAGGAGCCCCCUUUGGAGAAACCCGCCAAAAAAAAGCGACGGCGCAAUGAAAAAGCCGAGGCUGCAUCGCCAGCUGAGCCGAGUCAGGGAAGUGUUUAAAGUUGUUUACCGAUCUCUGCCCAGGGCUCAAUGAAAAC